GCUCUGCAAUCCCAGGUGGCUCUGGGGCAGGGCGCGCGGCCUGGCGGGAGGAGUAGAGCUGUAGCUCCGAGCUCCUGAGCCUGCCAUUUCCCUCAGGCCCCGAGGCAGCGUCGGGCAGGAAGCACGCAUGCGCCAAGACGGAUGGCUCCGUACUUUAGCGUGUGAGGUCGCUGUGAGGUGAAGAGUUGGAACGAGGUGGGCAGUACAUCCGCGGGCCUGAGCAGAAGUCAACCUGUAUCUAUGAUGGGACCAACAAUCAGGUGUCGCAAAGUUAGACUAUGACAGAACCAUAAUGGGAAAGAAUUCUCAAAUUGACAGAAUCUACCAGGAGAACCAUCGACAACUCCAUAUUGUAUUGUCAUCUCACAGAUCUCUUAAUUCAAAAUUCAUUUUCCAAGUUGCCAUUAGAAGCAAAGGCAUCUUCUGCUGGUUGGCAAAGGGGAAAAGACAAAAAUAAGGACUCCCCUGAUGAUGAACUUUGCAUAUUUACAAAUUUUGAUCGGCGAUUUAUUAACAAGGGAAGAUUACUUUGACCAAAUGAAAGGAAAAGUUGGGUCGGGGAUUUAGCUCAGUGCUUCCGGCACCUGCCUCGCAAGCACAAGGAUCUGAGUUCAAUUCCUGGUAUCAAAAAAGAAAGAAAGGAAAAGUUAUUUUCUUACCAACAGUGGGAUCUGGGUGAAUAUGAGGAAGUGGUAUUCUGUAUUUGUUACACUAAACAGCUAAAAAAAAAAAAACUCCAACAUCUACCAAAAUGACAUGUUUCCAUGACUCCUUACAAAACAAUUAAAAAUGCAUAAAAUUUAGGGCUACUUAUAUAAUGAAAAUAUACUUCAAAUCAUUUGAGGAUCCAACAGAUUCACAAAGAUGACAUUUUAUUAAUUACAUGAAACAACACCAUUAAAGUUUCUGUAAUAUUGCUCAUACUUUGGAUAAUUGCUCCUUGACUCCAUGGCUGUUUGAAAACUAAACUAGAAAUCCAUUGCCUAUGGGUCCACUAUAAAAAUGAAGUACUGAUAAAAAGCAGUAGCCUGUUUAUAACUUGUAUAUGAUUUCAUCUCAAUCAGCACUUGAGCCCAAGCGAAGGUGUGAACUCAAAGGAAAAAGUACUGAUCUUCGAGCCUGACCCCAAUAAGGUGAGUGCUGUAGGAUACCAAAAUUGUUGAUGUUGUUGUUGGGAAAAAUGAAAAGGGCAGAAGGAUCCCAGAACAUCUGAUUCCAUUUAAUGGUUGGCACAGAAGCUGGGAUAAAUGAGCAGCGGAAAUUCCUGUGCUUCAUGAUUCAGACAGAAAUCCCCGAUGUCGGUGUCGGUGUCGGUUAGCAGGAAAAGCCGAGCAGCAAACAAACAAACAAAGGAAAUGUUAGAAAGAAUGAUAACUAUAGACAUCCCUGAAGUUCUAAAGAAACAACUUGAAGAGGAUUGUUACAAUGUUAACAGGAGGAAGAGGUUAGUGAGACUCCCCUGUCAGACCAACAUCCUAACUAUUUUGCAGUCCUAUGUGAGGCAUUUUGCCAUCAAUGUAGCCUCUUCGGCCAAGGAGAGGCCUCCGCACCAGCACCCUGUGGCACACACCACUGUGCACGAGCAUUAUAUUUCAGCGGAAAACAACAUUGCCCUGUGUAAGGAGAUGGUGGAUGGGCUGAGAAUCACCUUUGAUUUUUCUCUCCCGCUGCUCCUGCUCUACCCAUGCGAACAGGCACAGUAUAAAAAGAUGACUUCAGCUAAAUCUUUCAUCCCAAUUAAGAAAAGCGCUGCAGACACGAAUAGGAGCCCGGAAGUGCUUCCUCCCAGCCCGUCUUCAUUGACUCUUUCCGCACCGCAGGCCACAGAGGGUCAGCCAUGCACCAACGAGCCCAUCACUCCCGAGAGGCACAGAGCGCAGUCGGAAGCACUGCAGUCCCUGCGGCGGUCCACACGUCAGCGCACCCACUGCGACAGCCCGUCCCAGGGCAGCACCUGGCCUCAGCCCGUGUGCCAGCAGCAGGACGUGUCUGCCAGCAGGCCCAGCCUGUCCCCGCAUCUGGAAAAGAAGACACCUGUGCAUAGCAUCUCACCUUCCUGCACCCCUCUGACCCCUAGUGAGGAAGGGAGCCCUGUGUUUGCUGGCUUUGAAGGAAAGACGGAGAUAAACGAGGUCCUCUCCUGGAAGCUUGUGCCUGAUGAUUACCCUCCCGGUGACCAGCCACCUCCACCCUCUUACAUUUACGGGGCACAGCAUUUGCUGCGACUGUUCAUAAAACUUCCAGAAAUCCUGGGAAAGGUGUCCUUUUCUGAGAGGAAUCUGAAGCCUUUACUGAAGCACUUUGAUCUCUUCCUGCAAUUCUUAGCCGAAAACCAAGCGGACUUCUUCCCAGAGUCGGCCUAUGUCACUGCCUGCAAGGCUCACUGCAGCACCAAGAGCCCCAGGGCAACUGAUUAAAGACUGGUGGUUCUGUAUAACUGCUGCUCUGCUGGCUUUGUGUCCCAGAGACUACAAAUCCCAGGCCCACCCUGGAGUCUCCAGUGGAGGCGGCUCUCUCAUUUGAGUUGUUAAAAAUUACUUCCUGGGGAGCCAGGGAUGUAGCUCAGUGGCACCACACCUGCCCGGCAAGUUCAAGGUCCUUACCCUCCACUCAUGGAUGAAGCCACUCAUGAGAUCAUAACGUGCUUGUCUUAAACAAACAGGAUUAUUUCCUGGGUACCCGAACAUGCUCUGACGUAACCCUUGCUAUUGCACAGGACAUCUGUGAUGGCAGACAGUGAAUAGAAGUGUUGAUCUUGGGGCGAGGGAUUUAGCUCAGUGGUGCUGCCACCUGCCUUGCUUGCAAGCACAAGGUCCUGAGUUCGAUCACUGGUACCAAAAAAAAGAAAGAAAAGAAAGAAAGAAAUGUUCAUCAUGAAACACCAUGAAAGUAGGCUUUUUGGUAUUCAUUGCAGUUAGUUGUUACUGAGAACUACAUUGUUUAGUUAUUUGUUAGCACAGAAAAAUUCAUUUUUGAGACAGAAUCUUGCCAUGUAGUUGAGACUGGUCUUGAACUCGCUAACCCAGGCU